AUGGUCAAGUGCAAGUUAAUAUUCUUGGUUCUGAUUUUCUUCGGACUAUUAGGAAUCGGGAACAUUUCCGGUACUCCAACGAUCUUGAUCUUCGGAAACGAUAGACUUAAUUCAACCAGAUGGAGUUCAAAGCAUGGAGGUCAAAGCAGUACUGAUCCAACGCAACCCCUCAAGAUACCUGCGAUUACCGAACUGGAAGCCAAGGUUCACCUAAACAGCUUAGGUUAUAACGAAACUAAGGAGUUUGAAGCAUUGAUGACAGAUUUUGCAAGUUCGGAAGAGCAAACUUUUGAAAAGCUGAUCCGAGCUUUUCAGCGAGACGCUGAUCUGAACGAAACUGGAAUCCUAGAUGACGAAACGAAACUGAUGAUUGGCACCCCGCGUUGUGGGGUCUUGAAAAAAUAUGUCAGUCAAGAAGUGGAGGUUUAUAAGUGGAGAAAAAAUACUUUGUCCUAUCGAAUAAGAAACUUUCCCAGGCGCAAAAGAUCAGGUCAUAUAAGAUCACUUAUCGCAAAAGCAUUCUCCGAAUGGAGUAAAGUGACAAAUUUGGAUUUCUUUGAAGUGAAAGAUGAGAAUGCAGAUAUAGAAAUUUUGUUUGGCCACCAAUUUCAUCCUCUGCGUGAUGAAAAAUGUUGGUUCAAAGACCCCAGCGGAACCUUAGCUCAUGCUUUCCUUCCGGAAACGGGAGAUAUCCAUUUCAAUUCCCUAUAUUUCUUCGAUAAAGGUGCUUCUUUAAGAGAUUUUUUCGACACUGCACUUCAUGAAAUUGGCCACUCACUAGGAUUAGAUCACUCCCAUUCGAAAGCAUCUCUAAUGUAUCCGUAUCAACAUAGUCAAUUUUUGAAACCACAGCCUAUAGAUGUCAGGAACAUUCAGGCCCUUUACGGGAAAAGACAAAGAAGCAGAAAUUUUGAAUUGAAUUUAUCCACACCUGAGUUUUGUUCGUUGGAAAAGAUUGAUGCUGCAGUCGAUGAAGAUGAUGGUACAGUUUUCAUUUUUUCGGGAGACUUCUAUUACAAUACCUCUGAGGAAUCACCCAAGGGUCAACUGAUCUCCUCCAGGUGGCCGGGACUACCAGGAAACAUUGACGCCGCCUUCCGUUACACCGAUGGCCGUGCCUACUUCUUCAAGGGCACCAAGGUUUGGCGGUUCCGAGGAAGUCGAUUGGAAGCUGGACACCCACGGCUGAUUAGCGAUUCUUUCCGGGGACUUCCAAACAGUAUCGAUGCUACUUUUGUAGACGGUAAAGGUGAUAUUGUUGCCACCAAAGGUGGACAGUACUGGACGUAUGACGCCGGUAAAAAGCGAGCAUCCUCAGUUAUGCCGAUUUCCAGCCUUCAAGGUGUAACACCUCCAUCACUCGAUGCAGCUGUGUACUUCGGAAAUCGUUUAUGGACCUUCAAAGACACCAAAAUCUUCGAGUACACGCCAAAUGGUUUCACGGAAUACGAUAACAGUUGGUUUAUUUGUAAAUUUUGA